CCGUGUCGCUACGGCAGUUCCGGCGCCAUUUCUCGCCGUUCGAGCCGUGUCCUCCAUUCGCCAAGAUGCCUGGGAUGCAGAAGCCGCUGGCAGCCGUCAUCGGCGCGCUGCUGGUCGCCGGCGCUCACAGCGGCAUUUACGAGUCUCUGUUCGGCUCAUCGGCGCUGCUCUGCUUGGACGCCUCGCCGCUGGGCGUCACGUGCGACUGUCCGGAAGAGGCGUCCCGCCUGUACCAGGGCGUCGACUGCUCGGGGCUGGAGGUCACUGACCUGCCCGUAGGCCUGACGUUGCCGGCCAGCGCGCCGACAGUGUCAUUCGAGCGGAAUCAGCUGACGGUAGUCAAGGAGGGUCAGUUCCAGCAGAACCCCUCGGUGAAGACGGCGCGCCUUUCCAAAAAUCGAAUCGAAGUGCUGGCGCCACGGGCGUUCUCCGGACUGCCCGCUCUAGAGACGCUGCUGCUGGACAAGAACCUGCUGCGGGAGAUCGACCCGUCCGCCCUGCAGGGACUGAAGCAUCUCGUCCGGCUCGAUCUCGGCUUUAACAAGCUGAGCACACUGGACCCCGAGCUGUUCGCCGGCACGGCCAUACGUGAGCUGAGCCUGCACUACAACCCACUAGUGACGCUCGACGCAGGCCUAUUCAUCUUCCUGCCGCAUCUGCAGGUACUCGACCUGGACAGCACCGACCUGUCCGCGCUGCCGGCCGGCCUGCUCGCCGUCAACCAGCGGCUGGUGACGCUGCUGCUGCCGCAUAAUCACCUGACGGCCGUGCCGGCCGAGACGCUGUCCGAGGCCACCAGCCUGCGCACGCUCGACAUGAGCGGUAACAAGCUGGAGAGCGUGCCGAGCGCUGGCCUGGCGGUGGUGCCCAGCCUGCGCCGGCUCAUACUGAGCUCCAUGAGCUCACUGCGCCGCCUGGAAGCGAACGCUUUCAGUGGACUGGACGAGCUGGAGGAGCUGCUGUGCCAGUUCAACGGGCUGACCGAGGUGGAUGAGUCGGCAUUCAAGGACACCCUCUCGGGCGAGUACUUGGCGCGGCUGGUGCGCGUCGACCUGAAGGAGAACAGCCUGACGCGCAUCAGUCGCGACCUCCUGCCCUGGGAGCGCAUGGAUUACGUCGAUCUGGAGAGGAACCCAUGGACCUGCGACUGUGAGAUGGACUGGGUGGCCAAGGGCAACUUUCUCUUCGAGGAGGAGCCACUUUUCCAGUGUAAGCUGCCGGAGGCAGUUGCUGGACGCCCGGUCACCUCCCUGAAGGCGGAGGAGUUUGAGUGCGAGAACAAGGGCGGCUCGAUCGCCCUCACUGUCUUCCUGGUGCUGCUGGCCUUGGCCAUCGUGGCUGCUCUCGUCUUCGUCGCGUGGAAGUUCAACAUCUGCCAGAAGGUCAGGGAAAAGGUGUCUUCCCGGCCCAACUACACCAACGUGAGGACAAACAAGGAGCGCGUGGAGGUCGGAGGCUUGGAGUGGGACAACAAGGACAUCGGAGUGUGACUGACGUCGGAGUGACGGUGUUGAUGGCCCGGCCGUGGCUCGCGGCCGCGCUGGGCCUGACUUUAGUGGCAUGGGGCGCGAGUCGCUCAUGGAGAAGCCGCCGCACGUGUCAUGCCCGGCCCGGCUGUGCGCGCGUGCCGACGUGCUAAUGGAGUGCCUUUGCUCGUACCGUUGCGUCCAGGCUCGCCUGUAUUCACGUGAGGCGUGUGUCGUGUAGUCGGUCGUAUACCAGCACUGUGCAGCCGCUCACUGAUCUCCGCACGUGGCCGCAAGGCGGCUAAGUUGUGAUUCAUGACCAAUUGCGAGAACUAGGCUCCUUGCACCUCCAUCAGGCAGAUCGUGUUUUCAAAGGUGUCAAGUGCGGUGGUGAUGUGCUGCACCAUGCCACUCCCAAUCGGAAAAGCUAAAUGAAUCGAGGAGUGCACAGAUGUCAUAUAUUGCAUAACAUAUGUCGUUCUAGCCUCUGGGAACCUGCUAACGACACAACUGCUUCUGCAGAAUGUUGCUGGUUUCGUAAGAGGUGUCGCUUUUGCUGGUGUGAUAAGCAAUCAGUUGCUAGCGAGCUCAUCUGCGAAGAAAAUCUACUAGUUUUAGGAUACCUGAUGCUGGACAAUGCAGUGUCAUAACCUGAACUCGCAGACGUUGCGCGACCCUGUGAGGGCUGCUGUACGACCAUGCAGUUAAGGCACCCCAGAGCAGCCUCCGUGGGUCUUUUCUCUUGUUAUGAAGUGCGUGAUGUGGUGCACUUUUAAGCGUGCCUUUUCACUGAUUGCUUUUUAGGAGGCGUGGCGGUAACAUUGCUGUGACUGAUGAGUUUUUGACUGCUGAAAUGCUUUGCUAAUGCUGCAAACUUACGUAAAGUAAAUGCAAGAACAAACUGCUACCUACACUGUCUUAAGCAGGAUGAAUGCGAAGGAACUCCAAAUGUGAGAAAGAAGAAUAACAUGAUAGGGACAAGACCAGUCAGAAAAUUAUUGUUGAGCAAAUGAGCAGAUGAUUGCAUCAUGCCCUCCGGUUUAUUUGCUACAUUCCUGUUUGUUAUGAGAUUUUUGUGCUGUAAUAACCUUCCUGAGUUGUGUACAAAGGAAGGCGGU